GAUCCCAUAAUAUAUGUAUAUCGUUCUGACUCUUGCUACCACCCGUCCUUCUGUCCUUGCAUGCCUGCACGUGUGAUAUACAAUUACACUUCAGAGACAGCGGUAUAUACAACAAAUCGGGCACAUCGCGUAAGAACGUCCACCCUGUGGAGCCACGAUGCGCAAUCUCGUCCCAGUCGUCGGCAGGCGAGGACAUUGGGACACAUCGAGAAGCACACUGCUCGGUGGGCGACAGCGUGCAUCGCGGGCUAGGAGUAUGUCGGGCAUGUGGUUUGUCGUCUGCAUUCCCAAGGAAGAUACGGUGCCUUCUGCAAAUAAAAAGGAUGACGGAUCGCCGCCCGCAAAAGUUGCGAAGAAAAACAACAACGAGCUCAACAGCAGAAACAUCAACGGAGACCUGAGACGUCGGGAGGCUGAGAAGAAUGCAUUGAAUGAUGCGGUGGAAUCCCCCAUGAAACAGGUGCUACAGGACUUGUUAGCACAACUGGGCAUUGAAGAUGCAGUUUGGAACGCAGGACCGACAGACAAGUAUUACCAGGUAUGCUUUCCGUGCGAAGCCGGCGACGAAACAGACGACGUUUUGCGCGCUCUCUCCGCUAGGGGCAUCGGCGUCGAGCAAAACUCCACUGUUGGGGUGGUGCCAUGUGCAGUUUUUUAUCGGGAUUAUAAAGACGAAGGUUUCUGCGAUGAUGCCAUCAGCACUAUCGAGGAAGAAAAGAAGAUAUCUGGCUUCAAGGCUGCCCACCAGAGGUUCCUCAAAUCAGUUAGAGCUAGGUUGACGGUCGCUCAAGUCGUAGAAGGAGUCCGUGCUCAGGGUGAUCUCAAUUUCGACUACGUGGCAUUUAUUCUUUUGGCUGGGAUGAUCGCCGCGUUAGGCCUAAUGGAUAACAGCGUGGUAUCCAUUAUCGCUGCCAUGUUGGUCUCCCCGCUCAUGGGUCCCAUUAUGGCGAUAACGUUCGGUAUCAGGAUUCGGGAUCGCUCCCUUAUCAAGGUCGGGCUGAGGACCGAGCUCCUCGGAUUGUUUCUCUGCUUAACUUUCGGCUUCUUCUUCGGUAUCAUCAUGUCCUACUGGGGUGACAUCGAAGGAAAAGGAGGAUGGAGUCCGAACACGUGGCCCAACUCUGAACAGACUGCUCGAGGCCAGUGGCGCAGUUUGUGGGUCGGUGGCUUGGUGGCACUGCCAUCGGGCGCUGGCGUCGCUAUGGCCAUUUUGGGCGGCAACUCUGCCUGUCUCGUUGGAGUGGCCAUCUCGGCGUCCCUCUUGCCUCCUUCAAUCAACUGCGGCACCCUGUGGUCGCUUUCUCUGAUGAAGGUGUUCAAGUCACUAAGUCAGGACCCAGUAAACGUGACAGUGCCGAUACCAGGGACCAGCCUGACCAAAGUAGUGACAACGUAUCCAGCUUUUAUCGCGCAUUCCGACUUCAACGCUUACUACUUCGACAACGCUAACAUGCACAAGGAGUGCGCCGUCAUGGCUAUCAACUCCUUUGGCCUCACUGUUGUGAAUAUACUGUGUAUUAUCAUCGCCGGUACUGUCUUCCUCAAGAUCAAGGAAAUUGCUCCUGAGGCAAGCAUGCCGAGAACACAUAGGUUCUGGAAGAACGACAUAAAGGUUGCCAGAGACUACAACCGCACUUUUAAUGAUGACGAUGACCUUGGUCACAGGUUCCUGGAGGAGUGGGCAAGCAUCACCGGAGUAGACCCCAAGGUGAUGUCGUCAAGCGACCCCGAGUCUAGGUUGACCCAACUGCAUACGUUACAAGAUAUCUUACAGGAUGCAGAAGCCGACGAUGUCUACCAAACUGUCUCCAGGCAGGUCGCUAACCAGCCAGCGGUGAGCCUCGCACGGCGUCUGACCAUGGGUAACAUACAGCCCCUAACUACUGGCAGUCGGUCUGGCAGCACCGACUACACUUCCAGCCCAAUGGGUUCCUGGGACCCAGAAGCAGGUCAUCGUGCAGCAGCCCAGCGAAGGCCCAGCCACUUUGUCACUUCCGUACUUCACAAUUUUGAACGCCGGCCUUCAAAGUUCCACUACGCAUAUGACAACCCAGAUGGGCCAACCCUAGCGCAGGAGUUGUCCCCCAUGCCUGUCAACCUCCAAGCGCGACGACGGUCUCUGUACCGGUUCUCCGUGUCACCCGUGUCGGAGGAAGACUCCAGGUCCAGGCGACCAAGUCGCAUAUCGAGACAGGGUGGCCACCCUCCUGUCUUAGAAGAAGAAGAGUUCUCCAGGUUUUGAAGACUUCUCUCCUUGCGGAGUCAACAAAGGUGAAGACGCCAUUCGCGUCCAGGAUGUGAUGAACCGGUUGGGGUGGGCAACACUGUGUCAUUUGGUCAUAAGGACGUUGCAUGGUGCUUACGUUUUACGGCAAUAUGUCCGAGGGUCUCUCGCUCAAGCAUGGGCUGACAUGUCUGAUGGUCUCUUUUUUUUUUCUUUCUUUUUUUCCUUUUUUUUUUCUUUUUUCUUUUUUUCUUUUUUUUUUCUUUUUGCUGAGGAGAUCCAUGUCACCUGCAAAUAAUUGCUCGCGAGAUGUAGUCAGCAGUGCCAGGUGGCUACCGUAAGUUUUAUGGAAAUGCACAUUUUGUCUGCUCUGAUGUAGAUGAAGUCGUAGUGGUUUUUACGUUAUGCCUGAAGGAUCUAAAAAGACCUUCCAGAUUGAUAAUUUAACCUUUAUGACAGCUACCCACCAGCUAUAAUUUAUGAGGGCCCGUAUUAUACUUGUCACAUACGUGUACGCGGAGCAGCAGUUGUCACAAACUUUUCACACUCAGCUGCUAUCCACAAAGUGUACAUAGUUCUCCGCAUCGUGUACAUAGGAUUCGUUUUUUCGUUGUAAAUAUAGACUGGGCUUGUGACGUGAGCUCGAUUUUUUUUUUCUCACGUUCUUACCUCUUUUUUGAAUAGCAAGGCAAAUGGUUUUAUAGCGAUUUGAUGUUGGACGAUACGAGAGAGUAGGAAAUAUACUGAUUAGUUUUUUUUAAAGCAUGCCAUCAACGGAUGUUUCGUGUGCUUUCUGUUUUGUCUGUUUGCAGAAAUAAAGUUCUGUGAACGCAAGC